AAACAUUUUUUUUCCACUGUUCAAAUAUGAAUGCGAAAUAGCCCAAAGGGAUUUUAGGGGUUGGCUUUAGACUUUUCUCCGUAUGAUCUGGGUUUGUGUAAAUUUCAAUUGGUUGUUUUGUUAUUGUGAAUAAUGGGAGGAGGGAAGAUGAGGCUUUUAAAACCAGUUGUAUGUUACGAAAAUUAGUCAAAUAACCCUUUAGUUUCAUUGAUCAGUGGUAUUUGUUUAGGGGUUUUCAGCUUCCCGAUAUCACCAGGGACUGGCUGUAUUGAUUGCGACAUUUUAUUCAAGUUAGGGGUAUUUGUGUGUAGGCAGAGUUCGAUACAUUUCUUUAUUAUUAUUUUUUUUUUUUAAUGAAUAACUGCCGAUCUGGAAAAAAAUAACAAAAUACAAUAAACCUACUAUACUAUACUGGCAUUAAAGUUAGAUCAAGAUGUCCAUUUACGUUGAAGAUUUUAGAAAGGCAGUGUCCAACAGUGGGAUGGCACAGUUUCAGGAAGUAAUCCGUCAGGAGCUCGAGAACUCGAUGAAGCAGGACCUGGAAAGAUUACAGGCAACUGCUUGUAAGGCUGAGGCCGAGAUUACCAGAAAGGAUUUUGAGGGGUUUAUGAAGCUAUUCCAUAGAUUUCUACAAGAGAAGGGGCCUUCAGUGGACUGGGGGAAGAUUCAGAGACCACCAGAGGAUUCUAUCCAGCCUUAUGAAAAGAUCAAGUCCAAAGGUCUGCCAGACAAUGUGGCGUCAGUCUUGAACAAGCUGGUGGUGGUGAAGCUGAACGGUGGCCUUGGCACCAGCAUGGGCUGCAAGGGCCCGAAGAGUCUCAUCAGCGUCCGCAAUGAAAACACUUUCUUGGAUCUGACCGUUCAGCAGAUCGAGCACUUAAACAAAACCUACAACACAGAUGUUCCCCUGGUCUUAAUGAACUCUUUCAAUACUGAUGAGGACACUGACAAGAUUUUACAGAAAUACACACACUGUCGUGUAAAAAUCCACACCUUCAACCAAAGCAGAUAUCCAAGGAUUAACAAGGAAUCUUUGCUCCCAAUAGCUAAGGAUAUGUCAAAAAUGGGGGACAAUGCAGACACAUGGUACCCACCUGGACACGGGGAUAUCUAUGCAAGCUUCUAUAACUCUGGCCUGUUGGAUAAACUCAUAGCUGAGGGGAAGGAGUAUAUAUUUGUCUCAAACAUUGAUAAUCUUGGGGCGACCGUUGAUCUCUAUAUCCUCAAUCACCUCAUGAGCCAGCCCAACGGAAAACGCUGCGAGUUUGUCAUGGAGGUCACUGACAAGACAAGAGCAGACGUGAAGGGUGGUACUCUCACGCAGUACGGAGGCAAGCUGAGGUUGCUGGAGAUCGCUCAGGUUCCAAAGGCUCAUGUGGACGAGUUCAAAUCAGUGAGCAAAUUCAAGAUCUUCAACACCAACAACUUGUGGAUUUCACUGGCAGCAAUCAAGAGGCUGCAGGAGCAGAACGCCAUGGACAUGGAGAUCAUUGUCAACCCGAAGACUCUGAAUGGUGGAUUGAAUGUAAUCCAGCUGGAAACUGCUGUGGGUGCUGCAAUUAAAAGCUUUGACAAUGCGUUGGGCAUCAAUGUCCCGCGAAGCCGUUUCCUGCCAGUGAAAACCACCUCUGACCUGCUGCUGGUGAUGUCCAACCUGUACAGCCUUAACGCAGGCUCCCUCACCAUGAGCGAGAAGAGAGAAUUCCCCACUGUACCCCUGACUAAACUGGGAAGCUCUUUUACAAAGGUUCAGGACUUUCUGAUGAGAUUCGAAAGUAUACCAGACAUGCUUGAACUGGACCACCUUACAGUUUCAGGAGACGUUACCUUUGGAAAGAAUGUUUGUUUAAAGGGAACCGUUAUUAUUAUUGCAAAUCAUGGUGACAGAAUUGACAUUCCUGCUGGAGCAGUGCUGGAGAACAAGAUUGUAUCGGGCAACCUUCGCAUCCUCGACCACUGAAAGACCAUGCUAGCAACUCAUUCUAAAAUACUUUAUUUUUAAGAGUUUAUCAUGGGCUGUUAUAGCACAAUGUAGACAUUUAUUUCACUCACUAAAUAAAUGUUCACCUAUACUUGCAUUAUGUGCAUUUCUAGCAGUCAUGUAGAACUCAGUAUUUUCCAGUAUUGCUUCUUUCAGAUUUAUUUGGUUGGAAAUUACUUAAGCAAAAUGUGUCGUUGUCUGCAACUAAAUGUUGUAAAGCAAUAAUUGUGUUUUGACAUGGUUCCACCGCUCAGUUCUGAACUGUAGUAAACAAUGUGCAAUAUAAA